GCCGCCAAGCUUAACCACCACAUCGCCAUGGCCCCACGCGCCGCCGAGCUGUUCUCCAUGAUGAGCGGAGCCGUGGACGAGGUGGGUCCGUCGCUCGUGAGCAAGGUGAAGGGCGUCAUCAAGUUCGACAUCUCGGGCGCCGGCGCGUGGCUCGUGGACCUCAAGAACGGCAAGGGCAGCGUCAAGGCCGCCACGGCCGCGGACAAGGCCGACCUGACCAUCACUCUGUCGGAGGAGAACUUCCUCAAGAUGAUGGACAACAAGCUCAACCCGCAGCAGGCGUUCAUGAAGGGGCUCGUGAAGAUCAAGGGCAACAUGGGGCUCGCCAUGAAGCUCAACGUGGUGCUGGCGGCCACGCGCAACUACAUGAAGAAGCAGGGCGCUGGAGCCAAGCCCGCAGCUGCUGCUGCCAAGCCUGCUGCAGCCGCUCCGGCCGCUGCUGGGGGCCUCAACUCGAAGGAGAUCUUCCGUCUGCUCGGAGAGGUCGUGGCCAAGGACGGCGCCUCGAUGGCCAAGAAGGUCAAGGGCGUCAUCCAGUUCGACAUCACUGGGGCUGGCAAGUGGAACUUGGACCUCAAGAGCGCCACGCCCGCGCUCACGGAGGGGACCAAGAAGGCUGACGUGACCAUCACGGUCGCUGACGCCGACUUCGUCGCCAUUGCCAUGGGCAAGCUCAACGCACAGCAGGCUUUCAUGAAGGGCAAGCUCAAGCUCAAGGGCAACAUGACCCUCGCCAUGAAGCUGCCGGUCGUCUUCAACGCGCUCAAGCCGCAGUCCAAGCUGUAG